GGCUUUGGAAUAUCGUGGCCCUCUAAUACAUCUGAUUUACUACUUAUUCGCGCAAUCCGCCUGCAUCUGCGCUGUGUUCCAACAUUCAGCUCUACGCCUGAUUGUGGGCACUUCCAUCGAACUUUUUUCUCUGACCCCCACCGCAUCGUAACGAGUUCGCGCCCCCGCUCGACACCGGCCCAAAACGCAAGUUUGACAACGUCGGAGCUGCAAGUGCAGCUACAGAAAACACACAGAAAACCGCGGGAGGGCAAUAUGGCGAUGAUAGGUAGUUCUGCGGCCGAGUCCUCCGGGCUUGUCAAUACCCUCCAAGGCCAUGUGGAUGAUAUUCGAAGCUUAAUACAGUGUGGGAUUUGCAUACGACCAUUAUACGAGCCUUUCACCCUUGCCUGUGGACACACCUUUUGCUACUCCUGUUUAUCGUCAUGGUUUGCUGGUGGAAGAUCGAAGAGGACAUGUCCUGAUUGUCGAGCACCCGUCAAAACUCAGCCUGCGCCGGCCUACCUUGUUCGAGCUGUCGUUCAAAUGUUCACCACCCGUGCAGAGCUCUUGGAUACAGAAGAGACAACAGCAGAACAUUUGAAAAACCACAAAGAGGAAAUAGCGAAACUGGACAACGACAAGGCGAAUACAGAUCCGCAAAAUGGAGGGUUAUUUGGAGGACUUUUCACACCGAAACCCCCUCAACCGAAACCCGUUAUCGACAUAGAUGAUGGUAUCAUGCGCUGUCCAAAUUGCUCUUGGGAACUUGAAGAUGGCCAGAAUUGCGCCGGGUGUGGCUACGUCUAUCGGCCAGAUUCCGAGGGAACAUACUCCAGCGGAUCGGACUUGAGCAGCGGAAGCGAUUAUGAUUCUAUUCUAGACGGAGAUGAUGACGACGAGGACGGGGAUGAGAUAGAAGAUCCAGACGCACCGACAACCCAAUCCCGAGUCGGCGCACCAUUCCACUUAUACGACAGACCUAUCAACCUCGGUCCGAUGUUUCACGACUUGCACCCACAUCCGUUCUAUCUACCUGGUUUUCGGCACACUACCGGCACUGGACACCCUCCUUGGCAAGCACGGGAUGCCUAUAAUGGCAAUGUCUCCUAUGAUCCCUAUGGGGAAGAGGAAGAGGAAGAGGAGGAGGACGAAGACUACUACGAAGAUUCAUUCAUUGACGACGAAGAACAUACGCAGCGCGAGAGAGAGGGGUCUGAAUCCGAUCGUUCUACAGUUGUUGAUAGUUCUCGUGCUCGUAACCAACCUUCUUCACGGGGGCCGCCCAUUGUACAAUACCCCCAAGUGUUUGGCCCGUCUUCGGCAGCCGAGCCCGAGGAUUAUGACUGGGAAAGCGAAGACGAGGAAUCAGUACCCGGGAGACUCUCGAGGCGAAGAGGGCAAUGGGUCGUCGAUAGUGAUGCCUCUGAAGCAGAAUCUGGCGAAACGCCACAUGACCUUGGGUCCAAUGAUAUACCCGACGGCCUCGAUGAGGACUCUAACUCCGAGAAUUCUGAUUCUGAUUCUUCUGAUUCCGACGAUUCCGACGGCCCCCAUAUAAGUGCUACCCGUAGCCAUUACCCAUCAGUUAUUCUCCCGUCGGAUGACGAUGAGAUUGAAGAUGGCUCUAGCUCACCUCCCAGGCCCAGAACUUCAAGGACCACAGGCACAACUGCCAAUACUGCCAUCGCCGUUGAUGAUUCGGAUGAUGAGGAACCUGUUGGCCCUGUACGAAGAGCAAGCCAGAGAAGACAAGCCCGAUUCUCUCCGUACUGA